CCUUACUAACGCGCCUGCACAGUGGCUGAUCAGCUCUGAACAAUAUCUACAUGCUCUUGGAACCGGACUCUCGCAAUUCCACUGGUGAUCCGGCGUCGGCUCAAAUUCGACGCGAUCCAUUCACUUGGAGUCAUUCGAGUAGCGUGGAAUACAAUUCCAGCGCGGCGGGGCUUCCCAAUUCCUUUGGCAGCAGGUCCACGGCACAUAUCUGCAUGUUGCACGAGAACUACCGGCACUAGCAACGACGCCACACGCCAUGGAGGAGCAGCUGGUCCGCCUGCUGACUGAGACACAAUCGCCGCAGGAGGCGCCACGAAAGAAUGCCGAGUAUCAGCUGAAGGAGCUCUAUUCCAACCCGGACCUGCCUGUCGGCCUGCUCUCGAUCGGAGCUCAUAAUGAUGUGCCCCAAGACGUUCGACAAGCAGCUCUGCUGGUGUUGAAAAACUUCGUGUUGGCCUGCUGGUCGACUCAAUUCGACGAGUUCGCUGGCCCACUUUUUGUGGAUGAGCAGAGAAAGUCGCAGAUUAGACAAACGUUGCUCGAACUUUCUACCAGCAGCCGCGAUGAGAGGAAGAUCAAGAGUGCAGCUAGUCUUGUUGUCAGCAAGAUCGCCACAGCAGACUUUCCCGAUGACUGGCCGGAUCUGUUGCAGAACGUUAUGAGCGUUGUGUCUACUGGAGUCGACAGCCAGUUGCAUGGUGCCUUGAAAGUACUCAAUGAACUUGUGGACGAUUGCUUUAACGAAGAGCAAUUUUUCAAAAUCGGACGCGAUCUGGUCAAAGUCGUCUACGAUGUGGCUACAAACAAUACACGAAAACCGACACUCCGAGCUCUUGCGGUUUCCGUGUUCCGAUCAACUUUCGACAUCCUUGAAAUGGUCAUGGAAGACCACAAAGCUGCAGUCAAGUCGUUCGCAGAAGAGAACCUAGCUGGCUGGCUUCCAUUCUUCAUCGAUACACUGAAGUCUCCGCUGCCGUCGCCUCCUCCAGAAGGCUCGGAGAGAAGUAACCCAGAGGCCGCAGAGCAGUACAGGGGUUCUGUCGCUCUGAAGUUGCAAAUCGUCAAGAGUCUCAUGCGACUACGGACACUGUUCCCGCAGAUGUUGUCUCCACACAGCCCAGCCCUCUUCUCGGCUACUUGGCACGAGCUCUCAACACUACAGGCUCAGUAUUACGAGAUGUACAUUGAAGACGAUCGCCAAGGUCGAUUGGAAGAUGCCGAUGGACUUCCUUAUACGCUGGACUUCCUGGUGCUGGAGGAGCUCGAUUUCUUGCAGGCAUGUUUGCGUGCACCUCCUGUGCGGAAAGAGCUCGAGCAGCAAUUGCAGUCUGGUGCUGCUACCUGGAUCAUCGACAUGAUGAAAGUUGCUGUCGCAUACGCACAAAUUACCACUGAAGAAGAGGGUCUUUGGGACAUUGACGUGAAUGUGUUCUUGUCAGAAGAGGUUAAUGUCACUGCCAACUACACUCCGCGGUCCGCCUGCGGCGAUCUGGUCAUCAAGCUUGGCGAAUGGCUCAACAAUGCCACAGUGGAAGGUCUACUUACAUACACGCGUACACUUUACUCCGAGAGCGCAGGCUGGAAGAUGAAAGAGGCUGCGCUAUAUCUGCUCAACCAGCUACUGGGCGACUUCCAGGAUGUCGAGAAGCAAAUAGGGCCCGAAUCUGCAAACGGAUAUGUUGAUUUCAUCAAGCAUGCGAUGCAAGAGGAGCCAGUGUUCCUUCGAGCGAGAGGGUACCUGGUCGCUGGAAGCCUUACGAGAACGUCUGGCAAUGCUUUGCAAGCUGUAGCGGCUUCUUUCAUGGAAGCAUCCCUGCAGGCAAUUGCGAACGACGAGUCAGAAAUUGUCAAAGUUUCGUGCAUACGGGCGUUGCAGUACUAUCUCGCAGCACUCCCGUCUUCGGUAACCAUCCAGAGACAACCUGAUAUUGUGGCAUCGCUAUCCAAUUUCCUCAACACACAGGACUUGAGCGAUCUGGAUGAUAGCGAUGAUCUUCUCAUUACCAUCAUCGAGACCCUUCGUGAUGCCAUCAUGCUCGACACGCGGACGUGCCUGGUUGGUGGUGGACUGGACCUCCUCUUCACGGUUGCCAGCAAAGGUGCAGCCAACUUCCAGAUCGCCCUCUUGGUCACGGAGACAUUCGAAGACAUUGCCGAGACCAUUGCGGAAGCCGGACCAGAAGCUUACGCUCAGCUUGCACAAAAGGUUCUGCCAUCCCUCAUGGGUGCCUUCGACGUUGCAUCGUUGACGGAGGAGAAUGCUUUGGCGAACCUUGCCGCCGAGCUGUUGGCGGUUAUGGCUGACCAUGGUUCAAGACCUCUACCUCAAGGCUUUGUCAACACAGUGAUGCCACGCCUGAACCGACUGCUGCUCGGGUCCCAGGAUGACGAACUCCUGAAAUCGGCCACCGCGGCCGUGCGACACAUGCUUCGGCACGAUCCUGACCAAGUAUUCAACUUCCAUGACCAGGAUGGGAAAGGUGGUUUGGAGAUCGUGCUAGUCAUCAUCGAUCGCUUGCUCAACCCCUCCGUUGAUGACCACGGAGCUGCGGAAGUCGGAGGUCUUGCGGCGGAAGUUGUGGAGAAGGCAGGCUCUGAGAAGCUGGGGCCCUAUCUCACACAAUUGCUACAGGCUGUCGCAGUGCGUCUCGGCACUGCCACGCAGGCUCAGUUCAUCCAGAGUCUGAUAUUGGUGUUCGCCCGACUAUCGCUCAUCUCUGCGGUCGAAGUCGUCUCCUUUCUGGCAGAUAUUCGUAUUGGUGAUCAGAGUGGCUUGCAGGUGGUCAUGAGCAAGUGGCUGGAGAAUUCGAUCAACUUCGCUGGAUACGACGACAUUCGUCAAAACAUCGUGGCACUAUCAAAGCUCUAUGAGCUCAAUGACCCACGCCUUGCCGAAGUGCAAGUGAAAGGAGACCUGAUCGUGCCUAAAUCCGACCGCAUCAUGACUCGCUCUCGUGCUCGACAGCAACCAGACCAAUUUACUAUCAUCCCAGCACAGCUCAAAAUCAUCAAAGUCCUGGUAGAAGAGCUCCUCUCUGCGUCUGGGCCCAACCGCGCACUUGACGCUGCAGCAGCAGCCGAUCUCGACGAUGACGACGAGGACGGGGACUGGGAAGACGAUGCGAACGACUUCUUGGAUCUUGGUGCUGGUAUGACGAAGUCACAGCUGAUGGCUUAUGCCGCGGAAGACGGACCUUCGAUGAACCGGGGCCGAGAUGAUGAGACUCAAACGUUUCUGGAAAAUUUCUUCCGGCAGCAGGCGCAGAAUCCUGCGUUUGCCAAUGUGUUCAGCUCGUUGACACCGGAGGAGCAGGAGAAGUUGAGGGGUAUGAGCGCCUCGUGAGGUUUGACGAAGGCUAUAGGAUAAAAUAACGAGGUUACGCACGUCAGAGCUGGCGAGAGAUCGCAAAUUAGCAUGGAUGAGAUCCGGGUGGCAUGCAGAUGUAUGAGCGUGGCAUUGAGGAGACGAGCAUGAGACGACACGUGUGCACGAUCGGAUGUGCAUAUGCCUUUUCAAUAUACCAAAACAAUCAAGCGGAUGUGUUUACUGCUUGUGAUCACAUGAAUACGGCCA